UAAAUAGACAGGGUAGGUAGCACAAACUAAAUAGAGAUACUUUGUAGGUAGGUACUCAAAGAAAUUGUAAAUAUUACGUAUGUAGUGUUUGUUCGUUUUUAUUUUAGUUAUUUUGUUUCACUUUGAACAAAAACCCAAUUUUUAUGUGGGUACCUAAUGCUAUAGUAAUUUGAGUUACAUGUGACGUGUAGCAGCCCCCUCGCGAUAGCAGUGAACGACAUUCGCAACUAUACUUGUGGAGUCCAUGGAUCAAGACACUACAACAGAUAACGUGAUGUCCCAGGCAGAUAGAAAUUCUGAGUCUUCACGACUUGUAUCUCCCAAUGCUACUACAAGGCCUAGCUAUUUAAAUAUCUUGAGUAAUUUGCUGUCUUUAAUUUUCGUGGGUAUAAUAACCUAUUGUUCCUUUUUAAAUGGAAUCACUUUAUUCUCUUUCCACCCCCCACUUAUGGCAAUUGGAUGGCUGAUUAUUAUGACUUCAGCAAUAAAUGCCAUCACCCCUGGAGAUCUUGCAACAGAAUGGAUGCCAAUAAGACUUCGAAGUGCUCGGCAUUGGGUUUUGCAAUUAUUCGGUGCAAUCUUAAUUGCUGCCGGAUUUUUGGUAAUUAUGUCGAAUAAAAUUAUCAAUAACAAACCACAUUUUGGCACUCUGCAUGCAAAGUUUGGGUUGUCAUCAUUGAUUUUUAUGGUGGGAACAAUGCUGGGGGGCAUUGGCGCCCUGUAUAGUUUAAAACUCAAACAUUAUUUGCCGCCAAUAUACACAAAAUUAAUACAUGCCUCUGUUGGGUUAGUUACAUUUUCAUUGGGAAUUGCAACAAUUUCAUGUGGAUUAUUUUCCGAUUGGUUUGCAGCAAAGGGGGAAAUAUUGCAAUAUACUGCACUGGUUAUGGUCAUUCUCGUUUUAUUAUUUACCAUUCUGAGGCCUUCGUUGAAGGUAUAUUUUCGCUUGAGGGAAAGAUUAGACAAUGUCAACUAAGUAGAUGACAACCAAGACAAUUAAUCUUUGUUUCAGCAUAUAAGUUUGUGAAAUAAAUAAUAAAAGUUUAUUUAUAUGUUAACAAAAUUAUUGAUAAGCAUAAGCAGUUGGCUGCCUGUUAUAAUAAAACUACACCAAAGAACAAGAGUAUAUUAUAUUUACAAUACAUACAUAUAUCUAUAAGUAUACAUUUGUAGGCAUGGUGUGUUUGACACAAACUAUGCAUAAACAUAAUUGCAUAAUGCUUAACAAGUGAAAUUGUAAUUAAUGUGCCAAAGUAAUAUUUAUUUUUUAUUUUAUAUGCAAGUUUGCAUUUUAUCUCUUGUUAUUUUUAUUGUUUUAUGUAGCAUGUUAUUGCCUAAAGAAAAAGAAAUAAGAUAUUCUAAAUGUGUAUAUUUUUGAGAUUGUUUAAACUUUAGAGUGUAAUUAAUGUGUCUAUCUAUUCUACAUGCCUAUGUAAUCUACAACUUAAGUAUCGGGUACAGUGGUGUUUCAUUAUAAUACCUAAAUGUCCCUUUAUAUGUUAAUCCAUGUUUAGAAAACAAUUGAAUUUUUUAUUGGAAACAAUGUUUACCUACAUACAUAUUAUUAAUAUCAUCUCAUGUUCCAGACAGGGUAUUAUGUUAGGUUUUUUAUGUUGCAUUGUAAUUCAUACAUACAUAUAGUCACGUAUAUUAUAUCUAGUAGGCAGAACCAUCAGUCUUAAAAACACCACAUUCAGCAUGGUUUUAUAAUGGAAUUGAGUCGCCUUUUACGGUAUCUAUGGGAAUGAUGGAAUGGCUCUUUUUUAAAGUGCUAGACCAUAUGGCACAAAAUUGUACUUAAUUCAUAAUUUUUCAAAUAGCUGUUGGGUAGGGCCUGUUAGAACCAAUCGAAAUAUAAACAUACAUAUAAGUAAAUACAUAUAUAAACUUGGGCCGUCAAAAUAUAUAUAUAUCAGGAGACCCCACAAAGUGAGAAAUACACUGGGAAAGAAACAAAAUAACUAGCCCAAGCCAAAUUUUAUAAUAUUGCAAGUUGAUGUCAUUUUAAUCUGUAAGUUUAUGCCUUAUUCAAAGAAUUCAUAUAAUAAGUUGUCACUAAUAUUAUUUAUCAUUCAUAAAACUAGUACUUAGCACAAAAAUCUUCCAACGUUCAUAUCUGCAUAUAGCAUUGAUUAUUUUACACGUUAGUUCGGUACCAUAAUCUAUCAAUUAGCGGAAAUGUGGAUGUUAAAUAAUACGAUUCAUUUCUCAUUUAGACUCAUACGAAAGUUCAUAAAUUUUCUAAUCGUCACAACAAAAUAAUAUGUAAUGAUCAUAAUAUAUGUAAUGAUCAUAAUAAAUGAAUAAGCUGAACUACCUACUUAAUCAAUAUAGGUAGUGGGUACUUACUGUUUAUAUAAGUAUACCUUUUAAUUUAAGGCGAAGAUUUUAUAUAGAAAAAUUUAAUCGUUCCAUUAUAUGAAUUGGUGCAAAGCUUAGUUUUAUUUAUAUGUAUUUAAUAAUGUUGAUAACAUACAUUAUAUAUACCCAACUCA